CGGGUCUGAUGGUCCACCAAUUAGCCCCGCGUUUUGUGAUAUGAUGAGUUAGCACCAACUACUACUGCGAUCCAAUGCUUAGGCUCCGAGCACGAGGAGAAAUGAGUCAUUAAAUGUACAAGACUCGGUGAGACUGAUGCCAGCGUUGGCUAAGCUUGUAGAUUAAAUAUUUAGAACCAGCCAGUCCUUUAUUCUUGCAAAUAGUCACAAUCAAAACACCUUAGCUGAAGUUGAUCAAAAUUAUUCAUGGCGCUACCUUCCUACCGGUUGGACUUGUUUGUCCGUGCUGGACUCCUUAACCCCCAGAGAGUCCUGAUAUAUCUCCAUGAAAAGAAUAUCAUUAGCGCCCCGCAUCUCAAUGUUGUCUCAGUCGAUCUAAAUGGAAUGACUGCCCCUAAUAAACCGCCAGGAACAGUCCCCAUGCUUCGAGUUCCCGACGGGACCAUAAUCAACCAAUCGAUUGCCAUAAUUGACUUUUUCGAAGAUCUUUGCGAAAAUCCGAUGGAGGAAUGGCACAAAGAGUUUGCCAAAAUUGCAAUGAAGGGCAGCAUGCGCGGCAACACGGCCCAAGAACGUGCCCGCACUAGGGAGAAACUCGGGAUAGCAGAUGAGCUAACGCUACAAAUCGGGUGGGCCGCUCACAAAGGCAAUAAGCUUUUUUCAGCCCACGAGGAGACGAAUAUGGACGCCUCCAGGCUUAUGCUACAGUGCGCUCGCAAAACCAUGACACUAUUGGAGAAGUACUAUACCCAAGAAACAAGGACUUGGGAGAGUGGAGAGGUUACUGUUGCAGAGUGUGUUCUUUUCGCCAUAUUAGCAUUUGCAAACGACUUCUACGGGAUAAAGCUGGCUAUCAGUGAUCGCUUCCCUGCAUUGGCAAGGUUUUAUGAGGAAUUCGGCAAAAGGGAGAGUACUAAAAUUAGUCCUAAGGAAUGGGAAAGUCUUGCACAUAUAGGUGAAGCAAUGGGGCAAAGUUGGAUGUUCGAAGACGUCUGGUGACAGACAUCGGAAGCAGUUUCAUUGUAUUGUUCAUAGUUAGAAGGUCAGGGAAGGUGAGGCGAUCGCCUGUGGAUUAGUUUAGUAGUUG